UAAACAAACUACUUGAGACGAGGCGACAAGAAACAGUUUCCUCGCUACGAUAUUAUUUGGUUAUUUGCGACGUUUCUCUUUUAUAAUCCACUCAUCUGAUUUGAUCGAAUUAAAAACACAGCCAUCAUCAAUUCGAUUAGGCUCUUGCGUCGACGACAGCUAAUAUUUAGCUAGCUGCUAGCGGGUGUUAGCUACAGAGCUAUACUGUCUGCGCCAACGACUUCCUGAUAAAUAGCACCAAUGCCUCAGGAGGGAGAGCAGGCUCUCCCCGUAGUUCGCUCUCUGAACAGUCGGAUACGCGUCGAUGCUGUGUUUUGUAACCGCAGCCCGUAUCUCGUCCGGCCGUUAUGGAUAGAUUACCGAGGGGAGCCACAGGCGUAUGAGGAUAUACGGCCAGGAACGGGUCGAAAGAUGACCACCUACGUCGGUCACCCGUGGAUGUUCAGAGAUGCAGAGACUGAUGAGCCUUUGAGGGGGAACUGCAAAGAGCUGCUUGUUCCUAAGCCAGAAGAGGCUGAAAAUGCUCUGUUUGUUAGUAUCACUUUACCAGUCUACACUCUCAAGGAUCGUGCUCUUCAGGUUAUUCGGCGUCUCGUGCGACCAGAAGACUAUAGGAGGUUGGAAAUAGCACGCUGUCUCCACGAGGAGCUUGAAGAUAAACCCAGUGUGUUGAAAGAUCUCCGCCGCAUAAACCAGCGAGUAGAGCAGCAUCUGCUGGAGAGGAUGCAAAACCAGGAGGAAUGAUGGAUAUUUAUUACAUAACGACAGUAAUACUGUAUUGUACAGUCAUAGAAAGUAAAGAGUUGAGAGCUUGUGAAAUAAGAAUCAAUGCUGGUGUCACUUCUUGGAAGAGUCGCAGCUCCUGUAAAGUCUUACAUUUGCUGCAAACGACAGACAGCUUCACUCAGUGGCCUCAGGAAUUGCCUUUGUCAGCAGAAAAAAAAGGGUUGCUUUUACCUUUCAGUAAGAGUUAUUAUUCAAUUAUUCUUAUUGGGAAUGCUUAAAGGUUAUCCUACCUAAUUCAGCUAAGUGCACAGCUCUCCUCCAAGACAUCUUUGAUAUCUUAGCUGCUAAGUUCAGCAGAGGGAUGUACUAUGAAACAAGUUUAACAUAGCCAGACUUUGUGUUAACUGGCUGUACAAAUCUGAAAACCCCAGUUGUUAAAAUUGUCAGUCAUGAUGGCUGUUAUCAGCUUGCUUUGUUAACCCAAACUGCCUUCUUCAGACUGUAACUUAAAGGGGGCGUUUAAUGCUGCUAGUUUCUAACACAAUGGCUACACAUUAGAGUUAAAUGUCAAACUUAACAGAUACAUGAUAUUUAAGAAGGGCAUUUUUUUCUGACGCUAUCCAGUAAUGGAUGUAUUGCAAUCACUUUCAUUUUUGGCCAAAUGAAAGUGAAACUGAUUUUGCCGAUUGAAUUUUGUCUGUGGUAAAUACCAAUAAACUUUCCUCUUUUCUAAUCUGCCUCAUUCGCUGCAGUGUAAAACUUACUUAGUAACAUAUCAGGACCAAAUAUAAAACUGUGUUUAUGUUCUCUGUGUCUCUAGGUCCUUCUGGCAAAGCAGUGCAUACAGUUUACUACAGCUGCAUGGCUUCGUUCAACACAGCUAACAGGUUUGCAGAUUUUCCCUAAACUGAGAAUCUGCAUCAUCAGAAAACAAUUUGCUUAAAGUGAGAUGCUUCUUACAACCAAUUUAAAUCCCAAACUCUGACUAUAACCUCCUCCAAAGCAUGUUAAGUGUCCAGCAUCAGUUGCCAUGGUGAUGUAGCUGGUUAAAAGACAGCCAUCUUCAUUACACUGAAAACUCUGACUUUGGGCUCAACAUACAUCACUAACCCACCAAUCUGGCUUCAUAGUACAGCCCUCAAAGAUGUUUUUGGAAAUUAUCAGCAGGGUUUAACUUUGGCACUUUAAAGCAGGGAAAUGAUUGAGUGGUAGGAGCAGACUUUUGGUGAGACUGUUGUAAAUGUCAGAAAUGUGCCUGCUGAUUUUAUUUCAACACUUCUGUUGACUGGACAGAAUCUUCUAAAGUCUUGCAGCUAAUUUCUAACAGAAAACGUGCUUUGUUAUUCUUCUCUUCUUUUGUUCUUCUGCCCCUCUGCUUUUCAUUCAUAGAUGGCUGCUGUUUCUGAACUAUUUCCAUUGUUUACAGUCUUGGGGUCAUUACUCAAAACAAGUAAUGCAGUUAAUGAAUUACUUAUUUACUCCCUGUAGAAAGUAAUUCAUUUCAGGACUAAUGACAUUACUUUUGCCUUACUCCGCAACAUCGCCUGCGAUGCAUUGGGAACUAGCUGCCAGUUAGUUGCCAGUAUAACAGUUAGCGUUUCAUUUGCCCACAUAUCUGCGCAAAUUCUUGUUUUAAUAAGAGGAACAUGCAAAAGAUCUUUGUUUUAUCUUUCAUAAAGUAUUACCACAAAUCUAACUGUAAAGUUGGUGAAAACCAUCCUAAAGAGCACUUUACAGAAAAAUGUUGUGACAACUAUCAGUAGGCUGUACUGCCUCAAAAUAUUAGGAAUAACUACAGUGUGAUUACUGAUUUUUGGAACAGUGUUGCAUUACAUUACUGCAUUUCAGACAAUUUUUUUUGAGAUUACAGUAACACGUGACCCCAACACUGUUUAUUUACAUGAUAAAUAAAUUACAGAUUGAUUUGUGACUGGUUAAAAUGUUCUUCAAAGGGUGUUUCUUUUUGUUCAGCCUUUAAGUGCAGCAAAUAUUUUGACAUUGAUAGUGAAAUGACCAAACCACUGAACUUAAAGACUAUACUGGGAUGUUGGAAUGAGUCAGUUGGAUGUAUCUGAGAGUGUAUUUAAUCAUUUGAUCUUCUGAUAUAUAAUGUAAGAAUUACUUGCUGAUGUCAAGCACAUGACAAUACAUUUUAUUUCAACUUAUUUUUCAUUUAUCUUUGUAAUAUAAAAUAAACAGAUUCAACAACA